ACCCCCGUCCUCCCAGCGCGGGGAGGGGCGGGCGGCUGUAAACAAACAGCGCGGCGGGCGAUGGCGGUGGCAGUGGGCCGCGCUGGGGGUCUGUGAGUGCCGGUGUCCGCUGGUGCGGGGGCUGGCGGCUCCGGUGCGCUCCCCGUGCGGGGCCUGCGGCGGUGUGGGGCCGGGCCGGCGGCACACAUGGAUGACAGCAAGGUGGUUGGAGGCAAGGUAAAGAAACCAGGCAAGCGAGGUCGUAAACCAGCCAAAAUAGACUUGAAGGCAAAGCUUGAAAGAAGUCGUCAGAGUGCAAGAGAGUGCAGAGCCAGGAAGAAGCUGAGGUACCAGUACCUGGAAGAGCUGGUUUCAAGCAGAGAGCGAGCCAUCUGUGCUCUCAGAGAAGAGCUUGAAAUGUACAAGCAGUGGUGCAUGGCGAUGGACCAAGGGAAAAUCCCCUCUGAAAUAAAAGCCCUGCUAACUGGAGAGGAGCAGGGCAAAGCACAGCAGAACUCAACCAAACUUGCCAAGGCUGGGAAGACAGAAGCAAACUGCAGCAAUCCCUGAGGCCAAUGCAGAAGCUUCCACACUGCAGCAGAGAUAGCUUGGUAGCUAGCAGAAGAAUGCUGUUGUCAGAGAAGUGGAUGCAUUCCCCGGGUGCAGGGGGAAGGAUCCCAGUCUGCUGUUUUCUCUUUGCUCCUCCCCACAUGAAACUCUUUGAUUGUGGUGUUCCUAAACCUGCAUGGAGUGAGGCUUUUGGGGUAAUAGGUGUAAGGUAAUUUGUGUAAGUGGAGCCUUAUUCUUCCUUUCUCUACACACCUUCCCCAAAUACAGCUAUGGCAGCUUUUGGGCAUUCCCAAUAAGAGAUGGGGGCUACUUUUGUGUCAGAGCCCAGAAUUACACUGGCUUUGUGGUCAGAAGUUACAUGGUUAGUAACCGUUGUGGGAGUCUGUAAAAUAAAAGCAAGAGGAGGAUCUGGUAACAGUUUUGCUAAAGCCAAAUGGAGUACUGUAGGUUGAGGAGAAGGAACUGGAUCAAAAGCUUUCAGUAAGAAGGUUUAUAGUAGCGUAAUUUGUAACCUAAAUAAAGAUGUUGCUUUCAGCAUCCUUUUAUAAUGCAGCAUGUCUUUUAUGUUAUCGGGGCUCUUCAAGAGAGGUAUUAGAUAUCUUCCCUGCUUCUGCCUAUACUUCUUUUGCAGGAGGUAUUUUUCUCCCCCUGCUUCUGGUAAGAUAGUCAAAGCAUCUCCCUCUACCCUGCUUCCAGCAGUGGACAACUGCCAUCUCCUCCCACCUAUCAUGCCCUGCCCUCUUUUUGUAUCUACCUAUACUUUGGGCCCUAGUAUCUUUCUAGCCUGCAACUUAAUAUAAAUUCUGCUGUGCUAUCCUGGCUUCCCAGAAAAAGGUAAUGCCAAAAACUGGUUGCAAGGAAAACAAGUUGCAUAAAUUUGGUCUUGCAAUAAGAGAGGCAAUGGCAAACAUUUUGUGGGUUGAUUUACUCAUCCAAGAUAUUGGCCACUUUCCUUAGACUGCUCUUUCUCCUGUGUAUGCUUUUUGCAUGUAUAUGGUACAAAGUGGAGAGUGGAGCUCUCAAGAUUUUCAGUGGGGGCUUUGCUUACUUAUUUUCUGUUUUGUUUGUGACAAUGUCUUUCUUUGUAUUAUAUGCAAUGCAUGGAACAUUUUUUUUAAUCUUAUGUUUUCUUCUUUGUUUCAUAGAAUAAAUAUUAUAUGGAAUGAC